GAGGCAGCGAGCGGUGUCCGGCGGGCGGGCGGCGGGUCCCGCAGCCCCUCUGGGCCGCGCCUCCUCUCCGGCCCGCCUUCCCAGGGGAUGAAACUCGGCAGCGGCUUCCUCGGCGGCGGCGGCGGCGGUAGCAGCAAGAGGGCGGCGGCCAUGGAGCCCACCUUCCCCCCCAGCAUGGUUAUGUUCAACCACCGCCUGCCUCCGGUCACCAGCUUCACCCGGGCGGCCGCGCCCCCCCCGACGGCCCAGCACCCCCCGCAGUGCGUGUUACCUCCGGCCUCCGCCGCCGCUUCCUCCACGGCGGCGGCUGAGCCCCCGGCGCCUCCUCCCCCUCAGGACAUGACUUUCAAGAAGGAGCCGUCGGGGACUUUCCCCUCCGCGUCCUCCUCCUCGCAGAGGAGCCCCUGGGGCUUUUUGCAGUCUCUAGUGAGCAUCAAGCAAGAGAAGCCCAGUGAGCAGGAGGAGGAAGAGCAGCACCAGCCGCAGCACCAUCACCAUCACUACGGAGGGCUCUUCGGGGGGGCAGGGGAGGAGAGACCCCCUGGCCUAGGGAGCAGCAGCGGGGAAGGAAGCGGCCAGAGUGUGAUCCAGGACCUUACCCUUCUUCAUCACCUGCACCAGCAUCCCCACCGAGACCUGUUACUGAGUGGCAGAGGCGAGGGCGCCCCUGGGAGCUCGAGUGAGCCAAAGCACGAUGCCCAGGUCAAGAAGGCAAAGAGGCCAAAGCCAGAAUCUCAGGGAAUCAAAGCCAAGCGGAAGCCAAGUGCUUCAUCCAAACCCCCCCUGGUGGGAGACGCAGAAGGUGCCGUCGCGUCCCCCAGUCAGAAACCUCACGUCUGCGAACACUGCAGCGCUGCCUUCAGGAGCUCCUAUCACUUGCGCAGACAUGUGCUCAUUCACACGGGGGAGAGGCCUUUCCAGUGCAGCCAGUGCAGCAUGGGCUUCAUUCAGAAGUACUUGCUGCAGAGACACGAGAAGAUCCACAGUAGGGAGAAGCCUUUUGGAUGUGACCAGUGCAGUAUGAAGUUCAUCCAAAAGUACCACAUGGAAAGACACAAGAGGACGCAUAGCGGAGAAAAGCCAUACAAAUGUGACACUUGUCAGCAGUAUUUUUCAAGGACUGAUAGACUGUUGAAGCACAGAAGAACAUGUGGUGAAGCCAUAGGUAAAGCAGGGGCUGGAAUGGAGCCCGGAUCAUCAAAUAACAUGGGUAGCUUGGCUGCAUUGUCUCAGGGAAAUACAAGUUCCUCAAGGAGAAAAAGCAAAACAAAAAGUACAUCCACUGAAAACAAAGGAAAUAAGUGUAGCAGCAAAGUGACUGAAUCUCCAGUUACAAGUAAUGUGGCCAUGCCAAAUUAUGCAGUUGAUAUUCCUAUUGUGUCUUCCAGUGGCGGUCUAGUUGGCACAGGUGUAGAAGAGCUUCAGAAAAAGGUGCCAAAAUUGAUCCUGAAAAAAGGAAGCAGAAAACAGUCAGACAAAAACUACCUUAAUUUUGUAUCACCGCUGCCAGAUAUUCUGGGGCAAAAACCACUGUCUGGGAAACAGAGCAGCUCUCUAGGCCUGGUAGCCCAUACUGGUGUUGAAACUAUCGGUCUUCUCCAAAGUACAGGUGGUAAACCAGGUCAUAUAAGUAGCAAUUACGACGAUGCCAUGCAGUUUUCAAAGAAGAGAAGAUACCUGCAAACUGCAAGCAGCAACAGUGCCUUUUCCAUUAAUGUCGGACACAUGGCUUCCCAGCAGUCCGUCAUCCAGUCUGCGGGGGUUAGCGUGAUGGAUAGCGACGGUCCGUUGUCCCUCAUCGAUUCGGCGUCUCUGAACAGCGACAUCAAGUCUUGCCACGACAAAUCCGGCAUUCCCGAUGAGGUCUUGCAGAGCCUUCUGGACCAGUACUCUCACAAAUCGGAAGGCCAGAAAGAAGACCCUUUCAGUAUAACUGAACAGCGUGUGGAUUUGCACACCUCGGGAGAGCAUUCGGAAAUGGUUCAGGAAGAGAACUUGAGUCCUAACUCUCAAACGGUUUCAAACGAUAAGGCGAGCAUGUUGCAAGAAUACUCGAAAUACCUCCAGCAAGCCUUUGAAAGAACAACCAACAGCACCGGGUUUGCUUUUGGACCCAGUUUUCAGUUUGUUAGCUUGUCUUCAAGUCUCCAUAACCACACUCUCUUUCAAGACAAACAGAUAUACACUACGUCUCCGCUCGAGUGUGGCUUCAGCCAGUCUGUUACCUCAGUAUUGCCAACUGCAUUGCCAAAACCUCCAUUUGGGAUGUUGCUUGGAUCUCAGCCAGGCUUUUAUUUAUCUGCUUUGGAGGCUACGCAUCAACAGUUGACUCCUUCUCAAGAGCUGGAUGAUCUCAUUGAUCCACAGAAAAACUUAGAGACUUCAUCUACCUACCAGUCGACAUCUCAGAAACUGACUGGACAGAAGGAACAGAAAAACCUGGAAUCCUCAACGAGCUUUCAGAUCCCAUCUCAGGAGUUAAGUAGCCAGAUAGAUCCUCAGAAGGACAUAGAGCCUAGAGCAACCUACCAGAUCGAGAACUUUGCACAAGCGUUUGGUUCUCAGUUUAAGUCGGGCAGCAGGGUGCCAAUGACUUUUAUCUCUAACUCUAAUGGAGAAGUGGACCAUAGAGUAAGGACUUCAGUGUCAGAUUUCUCAGGGUAUACAAAUAUGAUGUCUGAUGUAAGUGAGCCAUGUAGUACACGAGUUAAAACCCCAACCAGCCAGAGUUACAGGUAAGGUCUUGACUGUGACCGGCUGUGGGGCUUUCUUAAUGUAAUUUUGUUUUACUUUGACAACACUGCCAUUGGAAUGUUUCUACACAGUCCUAAUAAGAAUGAUGUAAACAUGCCCUUUCAAUGCAACUUUUCAUAUUUAGGAUUUUUUUUUUUUGUUAGUGUGAUUUUUUUUUCCUUUUUUUUUUUUAGGUCUGUUUUAUUAUGGUUUUUAAUCAAAAAUCAAUAGGUUAAAAUAGUGGUUUUGUUCAAGUGACAAUGUUUAGCAAUCAAAUUUACAUUACCUAGAUCGUCAGGGAAUAGCCCAAAAGUUUUGAAAUGCAAAAAAAAACUAAUUAACUUUGUUCCUAGGACUAAGGUGUAUUCUAAUUGCUUUACUCUCAGGAAAGUGUAACAAAGCAUGGGAAUUCUAUGCACCACCAGUGUGUUGGAACUUCCAAUUUACAGAUAGUGACAAAUAUAUCUCAGCUUUUUGAGGAAGAGGAAGGGAUCUGCGAUGUUUCAAAUUGCUGUCUGUUAUGUCUGGGCAGAUCUGAAAGAGUUUUGCUACCUAAUUCUCUCUUGUUUGUUUUUUUUUGGUUUUGGUUUUGUUUUUUAAUUACUCCUGUUCUUCCAGGUGAUGCUCAUUCCAGGCAGGUGGAGCAAAUAUUCUUGGGUCUAGGUGAAGAGCCCCAGAAUGGUAGCUUUAAUAUACGCAAUCAUGUCUCCAGAACUCCCGUGUAAGACUGUAGUUCCUUAAAGAGAUUCUGUUGACACAAACCAUGAGAGCAAAACCUGUGCAUUUGGUUCAUGUCAUUAGAACCCUGACUUGAAAUUACAGUCGUAAUCCAGAUAGGCUUUUGGGAUACAUUAUUUAUUAUACAUGGUUAGAAAAGUUGGUCUCUUGCUUUUACCCAUUUCCAUCUACUUUUAGUGUAUAAUGUUCCCUCUCUUUUUUUGUGCUCCCAGUUCCUCUGAACUUCAUCUUGGGUUCUCCAGCCCCUCCUCUCCCCCCCCUUCAUUUAUACCUCUCCUUCCCCUUCUCCCCUACUCAUUCUCUCACCCCAACUUAAUAGGUAGCAUUUGAAGAUUUACAUUCCAGGAAGUGCAUAUGUUAUUACAGACUUUCUGGUGUCUUAGGGCAUCAGAUGCUCAACAAUGAACACCCACAUGUUUUAGAAUGAUGUCAAAGGUUUCCAUGUAUGGUAAGAAAUAAUAUACUCCCAAUUGUACAUACUAAGGCCCCUGUCCUGCAUCAGGAUCAGCUAAUGUGGACCCCUGUGCCCAGCAGUGUACCAGUGAUGUCACUGGAGCUCUUCAUGGAUAUAGGGGUUUGCAGCAGUUCAUUAUUGCAGGCUUUUAGGGCCUAAGGCUGCAAUUCCAUCAAAGGCUUCUGAUGAUGACAUCAACUACAAAAGUAAAACUUGAGUGGCUUGUUUAUAUCAACAGAACUUUUCUUUGGAAUUAUUGCCUUACUUUAUGUAUAUUUUGUGGUACAUUAUUUAUUAUAUGUGAAUCCUGAUUAAUGCCUGUGGAGCCACAGAAACCUGCUAGAAGUGCUGGUGGCCAUUCAAAGCUGCUGAGAGGCAGUGGCACUGCUCUGAACCACUUUUUGCAAAUGUAUUUUUUGAUUAGUUUUUUUAAAAUGUAAUUUUGGUGAUGUUUAUGCUGAUUUUUAUGUACUCCUGGUGAUGUUUCAGUCUUACGUGCUUUUCUGGUGUCAGGAAGGUUACCAGUGGUUGUUUGCAGUCUUAUUGUGUAAUCAGCCUAUUACAGGCUUUCAUGUAUAAUAAAGUUAUUAACAUUGUGCAAGUGUAAAACACUUCUGUUAUGAAAGUGGUGUAUUAUUAAAUGAAUUGUUACAAAAAUCCUGGGUGAUUUCUCCCGUUGUCCCUCACCACUAAAAACUGGAUCCUGAGCCUCUUUUUACUAGGUGAACUAUCUUUAUUUUUUUCCCCCCUUACUAAUCUUCAAGUUUGUUCUGUUAGAAUCAGUGUAACUCCAUUAACCUUUUUCUUUAGAUUUGAUUAUGUAUUUCAUCCUAUUUCAGUUUUAAGAAGCAAACAACUGCUCUCUAAAGACAGAACCCAGCCUCUUCUUGGGGAUCAAAUAGUCCUUCCUUGACCACUCUUGGCUUUUUCAGUACCUUUUCUUUUGUACUACAGAGGUUAUAAUUUACAUUCUUUAUACUGUGUGUAGUAAAAGUUACCUAUGUAUUGUCUGGCUGUUUGCUUUAACUUAAUACUAAUAAAACCCAUUAUUCACAAAAAUCAUAGAUAUCACUUCUAUUACCCAGUCACAAUUUGGAGAACCUGUUAGGAAAUGAGAUUAAUUUUUGAGAAAGCAUAAUGUAAUUUAAUAGCAUGUUUUCUUCCUUCAGUUUCUUCCCUUUUUUUUUGGGGGGGGGGUGUGUGUCAGAUAAUCUGAAAGCACUAUUUUAAACAUUGGAGUUUGCUCUCAAACCUUUUAGCUUCCAAGACAAAACUGAACAGAUUUCCUUACACUAAAGUGUUUGUAUAACCUCACCUUUUUAAAUCUCUGUCUUUUCAUAAUAUGCUUUUGGUUAAAAAUAAAUUGCUUAUUAUUAACUUGAGAGACAAUUUGUAAUUGCUGGAAAUCCAGAGUGAAACAAUAUAAUGCAGUUUUGUUUGAAGUAAAGAUUUUUUUGGAGCCCUCUACCUUUAUUUUCAUCUCUCCCCUCUCCUUCCUUUCCUUGCGACUUCUGUUUUAAGGAAAGCCUAAUAAAAACAGUAUUGUAGGAAAUUA